AUGGGUCACGAUACUACUGAGGACGAGGACAAGUCGCGUAGCAGGCGAGUCAGGACAUCACGCAGUCCUGAUCAGAAGAGGAAACGUCGCCAUUCUUCUCCUUCUUCUGACGAAGAUGGCUCAAUACGGCCUGACAGGAAGGAAUCGACAUCAUCGUCCAAAAAGAUCAAAAAGAAACAUUCGCGACACACUACUGAAGAUUCAGAUGACUCGACAACGACAAAGAAGAAGACCAAGAAACACUCUCGACACUCUGAUUCAGACGAUUCACCUUCAAAAAAGAAAAAGAAGGCUUCAAAGCACAAGAAGAAACACAAACGGGACAAGCAUUCCUCGGCUUCAACAAAAGCUUGGGGUGCGCGAGGAGUCAUCACCAUCCACGACAGGAACUCAAAAGAUCCGGAAUUCAGGACAUGGCUAUACGAUAUAAAGAAGAUCGCAUUCGAGGUCUUGAAUCCACAGGCUACAAAGGAAUACUUUGCCGAAUACGCUGAAGACUAUAAUCUUGGAUCACUACCACACGAAAAGUAUUACAAUCUUGAUGCAUGGGCAAAAGCGCAGAGUAAUAAAAGCAUUGUAAAUGACGAAGACGAGGAGUUCGAUUUCGGGAAGGAUGAAGAGAGAUUACGAGGUAAAAGGCCAACUACCUCAUCUACUGCCGCAACUGGCCCUUCAAUGUCCAAGACACAACUACAGGAUUUGCAAAGAGUGGAACGUGAACGUGUCGAAGCCGAUCGCAUGAGGAAGCUCGGGUUUGCCACGUCGCGAACGUUGGGUGUUAGAUAUGAAGAUACAAUGAGCUAA